AGUACGAGGAACGUUUCGUACCGGGUUGUUAUCCCUCUUUCACAGAUAUUUUCGGCAUUUCUUUCAAAUUUUAUUUUCCAUAUUACCAAAACCAUCGUGGCGCUACUCAUUUUGAAUCGUCAAACGUGCUUAUCAAGCCGAAUCACGAUUAUACAAUUACGUUUCCGCGAAUGUACAGCCGCAAGUGUCACAUCCCGCGUAUUUGUCGCGUCAGUUCGUGAGUGUAUCGCGAGUGUUCUCUACGGGAAUAAUUAUGAGUGGUAUGCUGCCGAUGUUAUGUGUUAUCCUGAUCCUUAGCGUCACGACGACCACGGUGCGCGCCGGAUUGAAAUGUGACGCUGUCAGGCCGUACUUUGAGUCGCAGGGCUUUCCGGCUACUGAUAUUCCUAAAGAAGCGAUUUCUUCAAAGGAGCUGAAAGUAUGCGGCAGCGUGAGAAGCGGCGGCGAGGUGUGCUGCUCCGCGGACAUGGAGGUGAGACUGCAGGCGAGGGCACGUGACAAACAUGAGAAAGCCACCAAAGAAACUCUUCAGCGGCUGCACCAGGUCCUGUCUACGAGAGGGACCAGGUUCCACUCGUUCUUCAAGGACCUUCUUGCUACCAGCAAGAAAGUCUUCCACGACAUGUACAAGAGGACUUAUGGAACCCUGUAUGAGCAGAACUCGUACGUCUUCACGGACCUGUUCAAGGAACUGGAGAACUACUAUUCCAAGGGAACGGUCGACCUCGACGACGCGAUGGACAAUUUCUUCAACACCCUCUAUCAGAAGAUGUUCACGGUGUUGAACAGUCAGUACAAUUUUGACAAUAAAUACCUGGAGUGCGUGGGAGAGCACAUGAAGGAUAUCAGACCGUUCGACGACGUUCCUCAGAAGUUAGGGGUGCAGAUCAAGAGGUCCUUCGUUGCAACGAGAACGUUCAGUCAGGCUUUGACCGUGGCUGCGGAUGUCUUGAAGAGCAUGCAAUCGUUGAAGCCAUCGGCGGAGUGUGCAGCUGCACUCACAAGGAUGACGGUCUGUCCAUCGUGCAGCGGGAUCACGGGCAACGUGCUAGCGUGCGGCGACAUGUGUGUCAACGUGAUGAAGGGUUGCCUCGCUCAGCAUGCGGCUCUGGACGUUGAAUGGAAUCACUUCGUCGAGGCUGUAAACAAGGUGGCUGAACGCCUGUUGGGUCCCUUCAACAUCGAAAUGUUAGUUCGGCCCAUCAACCUGAAAAUCUCCGAGGCAAUCAUGAACUUCCAAGAGAACAGCAACGACGUUUCUCAAAGGGUGUUUACUGGCUGUGGCCGACCUGUGUUAGGCAGACGCAGACGUCGGGACAAUCGGGAGCUGGAACUCGAGUCGCUGAACUUCGAUCAAGAAACGUCGACUGACGAUCGUGCCGCGACUGGUGCUGCUUUGGAUAAAUUGGUGAAAGAGACACGACAGAGGGUUCGGGAUUCCAAGCAAUUCUGGGUUUACCUGCCCUAUAAGCUUUGCAACGACGGUCUCGUGGUCCCGCCUAGCAAUACCAAGGAAUGCUGGAAUGGCACACACGUAGACAAAUAUAUCUAUCCAGUGUCAUCUAACGGAGAGACUCAAACUUUGAAUCCGGAAGUGCGCAGCUCCGGGUCCAGACCAACUAUCGUCAAGGACCAGAUCUUUGCAUUGACCACCAUCACGAACAGACUAAAAUCCGCGUAUAAUGGUCAGGACGUCGAUUGGAUAGACACAGAGAAUACCGAGUGGAACGGUUCCGGAAGUGGGUCUGGGGAUAGCACGGACCAGGAUCAGAUCACGGACGACGAGGACGGUUUCAAGGAAGGUUCCGGCUACGAGCCAAAGUCUUCGCCACCGGAAAUACCGAACCAGUCGCCACCCGUGGUCCACCCGGAAGUGGUGCCUCCCAGAGUGGACGUGGAGCAGAAGACAAAUAUGAACAACAACAACGGCACGUCCAACGUGGACAGUGGCGCGAGCAGACAGAAGAUCUCUCUGUCUCGUGCUUUGACAACGUACCUCGUGCCCAUAGUGGUGAUGUGGUUGGGUGGCUGCCUCACCGAGUGGCUGUGAUCGUGUGGUUUCCGGGGAGAACGUGCAGGACGAUGUAAAUAAAUAUUCCUUUAACGAAACGCGCUCCUCCUCGACUGGAGCAGAGCUGCAAAUGGCGACCAGUCGGGAAAG